CGAUUGGCUAGGCUGCUCUGGCGGAGUGAGCCAAGGAUAGAUUUCAAAUCGAUCUCGCUCGAUCAUGUCCUUGAAUACGAUCUACCCUCUGAUCUCUCUAACCCCUCAAACCAAUCGGAAUGUCUUGGCUUUCCUUCGCUUGGUGAUCGUUUGUCUGAUUGCUGGCGCGGCGGUUUCCUCUCGACUGUUUGCCGUCAUUCGGCAUGAAUCGAUCAUCCAUGAAUUCGAAUGGAAAGCUCUGGCCCUGUCAGAAAUCUUCGCUCGUUCAACCGGGCGAGACAGUCCUCGACAUUUAUUGCUUCGCUCGUUCAACCCGGCGAGACAGUCCUCGCCAUUUAUCGCUACUUAUAAAGGUAGAAUUUUGUCGCUUCGACCAGCAACAGUUAUGAGCGAGCGAAGAAGGGGACCUGCCCAUCUUCUUUUUCAUCGACAAGGAUUUCGAUGA